AGGAAGACAGGACCACAGGAAUACAUGCACUCAUACGUUCAUGAGCAGGAAUAAAGAGCUCCUUGACCACGCACACCAGUGGUAACAUGAACUUUACCCAGUACCAGGACAUUUCUGCUCAAAACCUGUUGACUUCUGCCAGGAGGCUGAAACUUGACCACAAGUGGUUCUUCCAGCAAGACAUCAAAAUGGCCACCAAAUCAACAUUUUGCAAUAGCCAUCUCGGUCUCCGGACUUGAAAACCUGUGGUUUGAAUUGAAGAGAGCAGUCCAUAAGCGCAGACGAAGGAUAUCAAGGAUCUGGAAGGAUUCUGUAUGGAGGAAUGGUCUCGAUCCCUCCCAAUGUGUAACUCAUAAACCAUUUUAGAGGAAGACUCAGAGCCAUUUUCCUCACAAGCUGCGUUGAACAUUAACACCAACGCCAACCCCAGGGGAGACUGCCAGGCCUACGUGGAGCUGACCGAGCUGAUGAAUGACCAGCAGAACCAUCAGGGCUGGCAGGAGACGGGCCGAUGGGUGGGCUAUGAGGAGAGCUACGACCCCGAGGCCGGGGGUUGGGGACCCUCACACAUCUCCUACCUCACCUUCAAUAGCCUCAUCCAGCUGCGCCGCACCAUGAACACAGGUGUGGUGAUGCUAGACCGGGUGGAGUGCAGUCUCUCCGGCAUCGCUGAGAAGAUAGUGGACGAGUUGAUCAGCAAGAAAGAGAUCAGGCCCAGCGAUCGGGAUGGAGUGCUCCAUUCCCUGCUCCAAAACCGCAGCCAAACUGCAGUAGAGGGCCAACCCUUGGUCGGGGGGGCGGAGAUGCAGACCUUUUCUGUCAAAGAGAGGAGAGAUGCAACUGACACUGUAGAGGCCUCUAUGGUGCUUGUUGGAGCUCUGGACUUCCUGGAGAGGCCCACGGUGGCAUUUGUGCGUCUGAAGGAGGCUCUGGUUCUGGAUUCGGCCCUGGAGGCCCCAGUGCCAGUCCGCUUCGUCUUUAUCCUGGUGGGCCCCACCAAAAGUGACAUGGACUACCACGAAACCGGCCGCGCAAUGGCAGCACUCAUGGCCGACAAAGUGUUCAACCAGGCGGCGUUCCAAGCGCAGGGCGAAAGGGAGCUGAUGGACGCCGUGGCUGACUUCAUGGACUGCAGCAUCGUGAUCCCUCCCACGGAGAUCCAGGACGGGGCGAUGCUCCAGUCCAUCAUCGGCUUCCAGAAGAAACUGCUGCAGGAGAGGUUCCGUCCCUCCGACCCCGAGUUGCGUCUGGACUUGAAGUCCCGCAAAUCUUCCACACCAUCUGGGCCUGCUCCUGAGGAUCCUCUGGUUCGUACGGGUCAGCCGUUCGGCGGGAUGAUACGAGAUGCGAAGAGACGCUACCAGCACUACGUGAGUGACUUCACUGAUGCCCUCAACGCUCAAGUUCUCGCCGCUAUCAUCUUCAUCUACUUCGCUGCCCUGUCCCCUGCCGUCACCUUCGGAGGAUUGCUAGCUGAUAAGGUGGACAACAUGAUGGGUGUGUCUGAGCUCCUGAUCUCCACCUGUGUCCAGGGAGUCAUUUUCUGCUGCAUCGCAGCCCAGCCCGUCCUGGUCAUCGGCUUCUCAGGCCCACUUCUGGUGUUUGAGGAGGCCUUCUUUGCCUUCUGUAAGUCUCAGGACAUUGAAUACAUUGUGGGGCGUGUGUGGGUGGGCGUGUGGCUGGUGGUCAUCGUGGUGCUCAUCGUGGCGUUCGAGGGCAGUUUCUUGGUCCGCUUCAUCUCCCGCUUCACCCAGGAGAUCUUCUCCAUCCUUAUCUCCCUCAUCUUCAUCUACGAGACCUUCGCCAAGCUGGGCAGGAUUUUCAAGGCCCACCCAUUGAUCCUGAACUACGACCACCUCAACAACACGGUGGAGGACCCAUGGCACCCAGUGGUGAUCCACAACCACCUGUAUGACAACAGCACGGGCAACACCACCACCACAGUCAACAUCCUGGACCGGGCCUACCCCAACACGGCCUUGCUCUCCAUGUGCCUCAUGUUUGGAUGCUUCUUCAUCGCCUUCUUCCUGCGCCAGUUCAAGAACGGGACCUUCCUACCUGGAAAGAUCCGACGCUUGAUUGGGGACUUUGGGGUGCCCAUUGCUAUUUUCUUAAUGUGUGCUGUGGACAUCAACAUAGAGGAUGCAUACACCCAGAAACUGGUCGUCCCCAAGGGUCUGACGGUGUCAAACCCUGCUGCCAGAGGUUGGCUCAUCAACCCGUUUGGCGAACACAAGACUUUCCCCGUGUGGGUCAUGUUCGCUUGCUGUGUGCCCGCUUGUCUCGCCUUCAUCCUCAUCUUCCUAGAGUCCCAGAUCACCACUCUGAUUGUAAGUAAGCCGGAGAGGAAGAUGGUCAAGGGAUCCGGCUUCCAUCUGGACCUUCUCAUCCUGGUGGGCAUGGGCGGGUUUGGUGCCAUUUUUGGCGUGCCGUGGCUGAGUGCUACCACCGUGCGUUCGGUUACCCAUGCCAACGCCCUCACCGUCAUGAGCAAGGGGCCCAAGCCGGAGAUCGAGAAGGUUGUGGAGCAGAGGGUCAGUGGGAUUCUGGUGGCUCUGCUCAUCGGUCUGUCCAUUCUCAUGGAGCCCAUCCUGAAGAUGAUUCCGAUGGCGGCUCUGUUUGGGAUCUUCCUCUACAUGGGAAUCACCUCGCUCAACGGGAUCCAGUUGUGGGAUCGCAUUCUGCUCCUGCUUGUCCCCAAGAAAUACCACCCAAACGAGCCCUACGCCACCAGGGUGUCAACGGGCAGGAUGCACCUAUACACAGCCAUCCAGGUGGUGUGUCUGGCAGUGCUGUGGAUCGUCAAGUCUAGCCCGGCCUCCCUGGCCCUGCCCUUCGUUCUCAUCCUCACUAUCCCCCUCCGCAUGGCCAUGACCGGACGCUUCUUCACCGAACUAGAGAUGAAAUGUUUGGACGCCGACGACGCUAAGGUGACAUUCGAGGAGGAACCUGGACAGGAUGUCUACAAUGAAACUCAGAUGCCAUUGUAGACAUCUGGACCCGCCAUUUUUAUCCAAAAGCCCUUUAUUUUAUUUAUCUGACAUGACAAAGUAUUUUAGUAGGAUUCUUGUUUUUGUCUACUACCGUAUGAACUGACAUAUAUAUCUUUUGGAGUGUUUUUAAACCAUCAUGAAGCCCAAAUAGUAGGUUAUGACCCUUAGAUUUCAAAUAUAAGAAAUUGUCAGUUAAGGAAAAUGAUUUGUUAAAGAGUUGAAUAUAUCUUCUGUAUAUUUGCCUAUUUCUUUCCAGUCAAACAUUCCUGCAGUCAUAUAUGUCUGUAUUUAUGCAGCAAACAGCUCUUGCCGCCAUGAUAAUACUUUGGCCUAUGAUAGUGUGUUAAUUACAUAUUGCCCUAUUGACUUUCCAUCUUUGAAAAGCCUUUAAAAAGGUUUUGACUUAGAACUAUUAUCUUGCAAAGAAUUGUACAAGAAUGCUUUAUUCCAUAUAAGAAUGAUGUUUUGCA